GAGCAAUGUCAAGAAUUGGCUUUUUGGGACAUGUUCUUUUUCUCCCUUACUUUUUUGUUUUUUAAGAUGGAUUCUCAACUUGUAGUUGGCUGAUCCCGCUAUGUACUCCAGGCUUGCCUUGGACUUGAGAUGAUCCUCUUCUCUUGCCUCGGUUUCCUGAAUGCUGAGAUUACAGCUGUGAGCCACCACUCUGGCCUUUGGUGCUUUUCUCUAAGUUCAAGUAUUUUCCCGUUAUACUGUCUCUCAUAAAAGAAGGAUCUACUGCUUGUAGGACUGGAAAAGAAGCUGUGGCCCAGCAUUUCUUUUGGGAUUCAACACUGUCACUUUGGACAUCUAUUCCCUGAAGUUUGAAAUUGAGACAAUGGAAGAAGCUGGAAUUUGUGGGUUAGAAGUGAAAGAAGACAUGUUUUGUAACUCUCAAGCAAAUGAUAUUCUUCAACAUCAAGACUCCAGUUGUGGUGGCACAACUAAGACGCAUUCAUUGGAAGGGGAUGAAGGCAGUGACUUUAUAACAAAGAACAUGAAUUUGGUGAGCUCAGCAUUCCGUGCACAGGAAUCAAGAGAAGAAAUUCCUGGACGAGAAGCUCGAACAGGUCCUCCUGAUGGCCAGCAGGACUCAGAGUGCAGCAGGAACAAAGAGAAGACCUUAGGAAAAGAAGUUUUAUUGCUGAUGCAAGCGCUAAACACCCUUUCAACCCCAGAGGAGAAGCUGGCAGCUCUCUGUAAGAAAUAUGCUGAUCUUCUGGAGGAGAGCAGAAAUGUUCAGAAACAAAUGAAGAUUCUGCAGAAGAAGCAAGCCCAGAUCGUGAAAGAGAAAGUUCACCUGCAGAGUGAACACAGCAAGGCCAUCUUGGCAAGAAGCAAACUGGAAUCUCUUUGCAGGGAACUUCAGCGUCACAAUAAAACCUUAAAGGAGGAAAAUCUGCAGCAGGCACGAGAGGAAGAAGAACGACGUAAAGAAGCAACAGCACAUUUCCAGAUUACUCUGAAUGAAAUCCAAGCCCAGUUGGAACAACAUGACAUACAUAAUGCCAAACUCCGACAGGAGAACAUCGAACUGGGAGAAAAGCUGAAGAAGCUCAUUGAGCAGUAUGCACUGAGGGAAGAGCACAUUGAUAAAGUAUUCAAACACAAGGAAUUGCAACAACAGCUUGUGGAUGCCAAACUUCAGCAAACGACACAGCUGAUAAAAGAAGCUGAUGAAAAACAUCAGAGAGAGAGAGAGUUUUUACUAAAAGAAGCAACAGAAUCCAGGCACAAAUAUGAACAAAUGAAACAGCAAGAAGUACAACUAAAACAGCAGCUUUCUCUUUAUAUGGAUAAGUUUGAAGAAUUCCAGACAACUAUGGCAAAAAGCAAUGAACUUUUUACAACCUUCAGGCAAGAAAUGGAAAAGAUGACAAAGAAAAUUAAAAAACUGGAAAAGGAGACAAUGAUAUGGCGCACCAAAUGGGAAAACAAUAAUAAAGCACUUCUGCAGAUGGCUGAGGAGAAAACUGUCCGUGAUAAAGAGUACAAGGCCUUUCAAAUAAAACUGGAACGGUUAGAGAAGCUGUGCAGGGCUCUCCAGACAGAGAGAAAUGAGCUCAACGAGAAGGUGGAAGUCCUGAAAGAGCAAGUCUCUAUCAAAGCAGCAGAUGGGGACUUGGUGUCACCUGCGAUGCAGCCCUGUGCUGCCCUGGAUUCGUUGAAGGAGAUGAACACUUCAAGAAGAGCCCUGGGCAUGCACUUGGAGGCUAGGGCCAAGGCCAAGUCAGUGAGUGAGAGAAGAAGUGCUACACAAAAGCCCUCAUCUUCAGGUUCUGCGAAAGGCAUUGAGUCAGUUGACUAGGGUGAAAUGUGAUCACUGUAUUGAGAGAUAUAUUUUGUGUAUAACUUCCUCUGUUAGUAGUAACUAUUGGUUUUGUGGUGAAAAUUUUCUUACUUUUUCUACCAUAUCUGUAUUUUCUUAGAACUACUGGACUUAUGUGGUACAGGAGGCUGCUCAGCAGUUUGAAAUAGUUUUAAUCUAUCAACUAUGUUGCACAUCUGCCUCAUUUCCCCCCUUUGUUGGAGUGCAUGUCUUCAUUGCUUUGUCCUCUCCCUGCUCCUUGCACCUAAUUUUCCUAAUUAAAAUAUCAUCAAGACAGGGCCAUUAGAGGUACUAUGUUCUCAUGAUGGUUCCUUGAUGUGAAAACAAUUUUAAUUUAAGCAUCUUGGCCCAUUAAUAUUAGUCAAAGGAAAAUACCAAGAUAUUUGGUAUUUGAUGUUUGGUUGGAAAAUACCAAGAGCCUAUUUAAAUAAAGGGGAAUGGGGGGACAGGUCAGAAACAAGCUUAGCAUUUUUCAUUCAAAUUAGCUUCUCUUGAUUUACUUGACAAAUUGAGAUGACCACAUAACCUUGAAGUUCAAAUGUUAUUUGUGAACAAAAUAGGCAAAGUAUUGGAUGAACGGACUUAAUGUUUCUGUGACUAAAAACAGUCAUACUGUGCUGGCUUUUGGAUAAAAUGUACCACAUGUGAAAUUAAUUUGAACUACCUGAUAAUCACUGUAGUGGAUGGUGGUAGUUUAUGUUCCCAAAAAAGCUGACUCUUCUUUGAAAACUGCUCUUCCUUGCAGUACUUUGUGAGUUUAGAAGAAUUCAUAAGAAGCUUAUAUUAAAAGCUUUUUCACCCCCUACAUUUUGCCUAUAUGAAAGUUGGUUGUUCAUUUGCUCUAAGACUCUCACCAGGAGCUGUGGUAAGCACUUGCCUAUCAUGUAAGAGGCCCUGGGUAAGUUCCAUCAGCAAAGAACGCCAGUUAUUUUGUUUCCUGAAAGAGAAUUUAAAUUACAAAUUAGCACUAACUGAACAUAAUUUCCAAAGUGAAAACACUGGAACCAGCAUUUUUAUCUUGGAAAGACUUGGCAGAUUAGUCAAAAAGACCUCUAACUUAUGCUUUCUGGUCCAUUUCUCCUUUCUUUGAUGCUGUCACUUAAAACAACAAAUAAAUCAGUAUUAUUAACGUUUCUACACUUUAAAUUUUGGGGAAUUUCAAAAGUAAGCAACAGAAUAUGUUCUUUUUGUUUUCUCAAUAUUGAAUGUGGCUCAGCUACUUUAUAAAUUAAUUUUUAAAAAAUUACUGAGACACCACAUUCUAUUGAGCAAACUCUCAGACUGACACUUGUUGAAUUGCAUACUGGACUGAAUAAACUCCAUUUCUCUUUGCUCAGUUUUAUUUGUACACUCCUGUGACAUUCUAAACCGGGUUCAAACAGUUGAAAAUCGACCAAAGGAAACUUUCACCAUUGGUCAUGUUAUUCAAGGGGUCAGACAGUGGAGAAAAAGAAAUUCAUGAAGUAGAUUGUAAUCUUAUUACUGUGUGUCAGAAACAAAAAAAAAAAACAAUACCUUCCAAUAGCAUCUUAUAAAUAUUCUCCCACCUUCAGCUACUAGAAAUACUGGGUCAUUUCUCGUGAAAAUAUAUCAGAGAUAUAAUCUACUUUGAAAUUAUUACUAAUGAUCACAUUUCAUAAGUCUGCUGGAUACACAGCUCUUAACAUUUUAUUAAGCCACGUGUGUAGCCUGCCACAUUCUUUUUGUGGUGCUUGUCCUGUGUGGAAGAUUGUAAAUCUUGGAGCUGUUGCAUAUUUUCAAGGGCUUUAUAAAGCAAUGUGAUUAACAGUCUUAGCCUGCUGCUUUUGGCUUGUAUGCAUUCUUAGCUAGAUGUUUGGAGGACAGGGAUUCUGUCUGGGAUGCAUUCAGAAUCCUUCCUCCCAUUACCCUGUGAAUAAAAACAAAUGGGACCUCAGAGAAGGAUACCCUCCCCUAAGUGAUCACCUCACCAGCCCAGUGUUGUGGCUUUGUAGCACACCCUAUAUUCUAGAACACUGUAAUGCUACUAGGCUGGCCAAGAAAAGGUUUAAAUGUUGAAUUCAUUUAUUGCAUUUGGUGCACUACUGUGCAAUCUUGAUGUAUAUUUAUAGUGGCAGUAGACCCCAAAAUGUAGCGAAAACUUGGGUCUUGGAUUUCAGGCCAUUUCAUCCUCAGACUUGUAGAAGUACAUUUCCUGGUCUUGAGACCAGUAUUUUUUAGUUAUGUAUGCAACUGCCUUUAUUACACACCUGGUUAUCACAAUUCAGUUCUCAGGUGUUGCAGAGAAAUCUACCUCUUUCAGACUGUAGAUGGAAAUAACUGUGAAAAAAUGAUGCAGAUUAUCUUCUAGUUUGUGCUAAACACACUGCUUUAUUUUUACAGCCCACGUCUUUCAUGAGGAUAUGAAUUGUUAAGAGGCAGUCUUGUUUUGCUUUUCAAAGACAUUUUGUAGAGAUUUUUCACUAACGUGAAUCUGAUUUUAUCUACUUGAUUCUGUAUAGAUUAAGUAAAUAUGUAUGAUGAAUUUAA